AUGUCAGCAACACCUCGCAAGCCUGGAACCCCCGUGGGUUCCAACAAAUCAUCGGCCGCAGAUCCGCCCUCUACUAACGGGUCCACCGCACGAGGACAUGGCCGCUCGCCCAGUGCCGCGCCCAACGGCAUCAAUCGUUCUCCAUCGUUAAGAGGUUCUACUCCCGUCUCUGCGCGUGCUGCUGCAAGGAAGCCCGGCCGAUCCUCUAAUCUCAGCAUGUCGAACGUUCCGCGGAUCGGAAACGACCCUUCCGACGAGGAGGCGCGGGCUCAGAACGCUGCGCUCAUUGAAGAGCUGCGUGAGCAACUGCAGAAGGCGGAGACCGCCUCCGAGCAAUAUCAGAAACAACUCGGUGUCUUACAGAUGCGCCUCGAUGAAGCCGUCAGUGAACAGACCAAGCUAGAAGACCAAGCUCAUGAGCGCGAUACCCGGAUCGAAUCGCUUAGCAAUCAGAUACGGGACCAGGCCAGGCAGAUCCGUGACCUCGAACAGAACCAUGAAAUGGAACGAAAUGCGAUGUUGAAAGAUAAGGAACAGCAAGCAAGCCGCGAAGAAGAGAUGCAGGCGACCAUUCAGCGCCUCAAGGAAUCGCUGGCGCAGAAGGAUUCGCGGCUCAAUAAUGAGAAUGAUCGCAGCCAGGUCUCUCGAUCAUCGAGUUUCCGAAACCGAGCCUCGCCGGAUCUAGAUGCCCAGUUCGCACCAUCCUCCCACCUCGAGCGUAGCCCUUCACGGAACAACUCCAAUCUACUCCUCCAGAAAGACAAAUUGAUCGAGUCUUUGCGCCUGGAACUUGCUGAAUCCCAGAUAAAACUCGUGGAGAUGGAGAACGCAGGCGGUGGUCGUCAGCGUGACUUAGAGAAGGAGCUUCUAGAAGCCCGUGUGGCUAAUGCGCGCCUUAUGGAGGACAAUGAAAGCUACCAACUGCUUCUCAGCGAAAAGACACUCACUGGAGAUUUCACUAAGGGUGACUUCAUGCGGGAUGCUCAACCUGACAAACAACCCACGAGUGGCGUGGGAUCUCUUGCCGACGAGCUCGAGUCGGUGAAUGAGGAGGAAGGCGAGGCCGGCGCAGGCCAAAAAGGCGACAGUGAAUUGAAAUCUCUCAGGGACCAGAAUAAAGCCCUCACACUGUACAUUGAGCGUAUCAUCAGCCGUGUCCUUCAGCAUGAUGGAUUUGAGCAUGUUCUUGAUAAGAACGAUGAUGACGAUCCUAAUGCGGCAAAGCCAGCUGGCGAGAAAGAGUUGCCUCCCACACCUCCGGAGAAGGAUGACGGUGUCGCCCAGAGCUUUAUACAGAGAACCAAGUCGAUCAUCUCUGUUCCUCACAGCGCCACAGCCAACGAGAACCCACAGACUGCCCCUAGCAUCCCUCUCCGCGGCCAAUCCAUGCGGGGCGGCCACCGCCGAGCAAGAUCCGAGCAGGUUGAUCCCGCAGCCGCCUCAGUUGUGAGCCAAAUGUACCGUGGUCGCAACUCCGGGGGGCCGAUCAGCCCUACCGCGAUGGGCCCCGGCUCGCGCCAAAGCUUGUUCUCCGGAAACAACAGCUACUUCUCGGGCACGAGUCGUGCGCCUUCAAUGUCGAGCCAACCCGACCGUGAUACCGCUGGCCGUAGCAGCUCCCCCAGCGUGACCAGCGAUAUGAUCGACACUGCCUCGACUACAAACACCUCAAGCCCUCCUCGCUCGAGUAGCGGCAUGACCAAUUACCCCGGCGCUGUCAUGACACAGAAUAAAUUACGACCUUUGCGCCUUGUCAGCGAUGCAGCCCGUCUUGAAGAGGAAGAAGAAGCUGCUCGUAAGAAGGCCAAUCGUGGAAGCUGGAUACCAAGCACUUGGUUUCAGCGUCCCAGCACCGGGAGUGGGAGUGAACAAGCUUAG